UUGGACAAGAUCCACUUAUUCCCUUAGUACGGAUCUGCUUACGGGGUAACUAGUGAUUAAAAUGUUACUCCAUAUAUAAAUGCCUGCUGAAUUACGAAAAACCUGCCAUUUAUAAACAUGUUAUUGCUUUGUAUCAUUUCCAUCAUAUUCUUCACAGGAUAUAUCCAAGGGUCGAAGGAUCCCACCUCCCGAAUCGCAGGAGGAUACGAGGUUAACAUCGAGGAUUAUCCUUACGUUGUAUCCAUUCACGUGGACACUGGUAUUGAACUGAAAUUUAACUGCGGUGGUUCCUUGAUAUCUCCACAAUUCGUUCUAUCAGCAGCCCACUGCUUCCCAAAAACGGUUCAUUAUUACGUCGUGAAAGCUGGUACGGACAGGUUGGAAGGUCCUGGAGGACGCACAGAGCGUGUAACUUCAGUGAAAAAGCAUCCGAAGUAUGGACUCAAUUGGAUGGACUCCGAUAUAGCAGUCGCCAAACUAAAAAAACCUAUGGUACUUUCCGAAAAGAUAAAUAUCGUUAAGCUACCGUCGUUUUCUAAAGAUGUCCCAUUGACUGAAGGGACUGUUCUAGGCUGGGGCCGUAGAGGUUUACUUUUCGAAGAUUCUGAAUAUCUGAGAGCUGUAGAUCUACCCAUCAUAGAUGAAGAGGAAUGCGUUCGAUCACACAGCAGAAGAACGAUUACGAAAAGGAUGUUUUGCACAAAGUUGGUCUGUGGUUACAAAACUCCCUGUCAGGGUGACUCUGGAGGUCCUUUUGUCAUCAAUGGCACUGUUUAUGGAGUAGUAUCAUGGGGAGGAGGCUGUGAUGAAUAUCCUUAUCUUCCAGCAGUCUUCACGAGAGUUCCUUAUUUCGUAGAUUUCAUCAAUAAAAGUCUCUCUGAGGAUUUUUAGUCAUUCUCAUGAGAAUUGUUUUAAGAAUCAUGUCAACAAAUACAUAAUUAUAUUGUUCGAACAUUAA